AUGGGCGUGUUCAGCUCUUUCGGUCGUCGCUCGACUGAACAGUCAACUGAACAAGUUACAACCGUCAAUGUCAAUACCCAGGAAGAGACCAAGACCGAGCCUCAGUCCGACCUCUAUACUUCGGAGAAGGAUGUUGCUGCCGUGAACAGGUCGAGCGAGGGCGAUUCCGAGAACCCUACUCCCACUGAAGAAAAUGGAGUCCGUUUCGAGGCUCCAGAUGAGAACACUCAGCGUGGUGUUGCUGAUAUGGAGGCCAUUACCCAGACCUGGUCACGAAAUGCACUUAUUGCACUCUUCAUUAACAUCUGGCUGCUGUACUUUAUCAAUGCUUUCCAAAGCUCCGUUUUGGGCAACUUGAUCCCCUAUCUGACCAGUGAAUGGGAAUUGCACUCUUUGCUGAAUGUGAUCUACAUUGUCGCAGACUCUGUGACCGCUGCUUGUUACAUUCCUCUUGGUAAAAUGAUGGACACUUGGGGUCGUGCCGAGGGUUUCGCCUUCAUGGCUUUAUGUGCCACCAUCGGUUUGAUCAUGAUGGCCGCUUGCAGCAACUUGCCUACAUUCUGCGCUGCCUACGUGUUUUACAACCUCGGAUUCAGCGGCAUGACCUUCACUGUUGAUGUCCUCACAGCCGACGCCUCUAUGCUUAAGAGUCGAGGUCUUGCAUACGCCUUCACCUCCUCACCUUACAUUAUUACUGCCUUCGCUGGUUCCAAGACUGCCGAGGAUAUCCUCGACCAGAUUGGCAUGAAAUGGGGCUUCGGUGUUUUCGCCAUCGUCUUUCCAUUCGUUGCUGCUCCAUUGUACCUCAUGCUGAAGUACCACAUCAGACAGGCCGAGAAGGCUGGUCACGUUGUGAAGCAGCCCAGUGGUCGUACAUUUUUCCAGAGCGUCAUUUUCUACGGUAUUGAGUUCGAUGCCAUCGGUGUCUUCCUCUUCUCGGCGGGUCUUGUUCUCUUCUUCCUGCCCUUCGAUAUUGCCAGCAGUGCCCCUAGCGAGUGGAGUACUGGAUAUAUCAUUGCUAUGCUUGUUAUUGGAUUCUGCCUUCUCUUCGUCUUCAUUAUCUAUGAGUGGAAGUUUGCUCCUAAGCGUCUCUUCGCUAUGGGCUUCCUCUGGAACCGCACUGUUCUUGGUGCCUGUUUGCUUGACGCUACCUACCAGCUCUGUUACUACUGCUGGGAUAACCUCUUCACCUCCUUUCUGCAAGUCGUUAACGAUGUCACCGUCGCCGAAGCCGGAUACAUCGGUAACACCUUCGAUGUCGUCUCCGGUGUGCUUCUUCUUGGAGUUGGUUUCCUCAUUCGCCGCACCGGUCGCUUUAAGUGGCUCCUCUGGAUUGCUGUGCCCCUUUACAUCUUCGCUCAGGGUCUUAUGAUCUACUUCCGUCGCCCUAAUCAGUCGGUCGGCUACCUGGUCAUGUGUCAGGUCUUCAUCUCCAUCGGUGGCGCUGUGUUCAUCAUUUGUGAGCAGCUCGCUAUCCUCGCUGCUGUUGAUCACCAGCACGUUGCCGCUGCUUUGGCUCUGCUGAACGUUGUCGGUACCGUCGGUGACGCUAUGGGUGCUACUAUCUCCGGAGCUAUCUGGCAAAACACCUACUCUUAUGCCUUGAAGAAGUAUCUGCCCACCGCGGCUAUGGCAAACUACGACCUUAUCUACGACGAUCUUGAUACCCAGCUCAGCUACGCUGUGGGAACCCCCACUCGUAUUGCUAUCCAGGACGCUUAUGCUUAUGCCCAGACCAGAAUGUUGGCUGUUGGAACCGGUCUCAUGGCUCUGUGUUUCAUCUGGGUGAUGAUGAUCCGUAACAUUGAUCUUAAGGCUGUGCCCCAGGUCAAGGGUAUUGUUUUCUAG